AUUGACGUUCGCUUGUUAUUGUUGAUGUUUAGAGAAUAAUAAUUUUCUAUCAUAAUUACAGUUUACAGUGAUUUUGUGAUCCGUAAAGAUGAAGGCUGAGGUCGCGUCUUCUUCGGAGAAACCCAAAAUCCCUUUGCCGACACUUUCUCAAAUAAACGCUGACCGAAUUACUCAGCUCGCAAACCAGUACUGGUCGCCACAAACUGAGGAAAGCCACUUGCCUUAUGAUGCUGCUAUUGUGGAGUCAAUCUACCAAGCAGAGAUCCUUGGAUCAAAUUUCUCGGUCCGGCGUAUCAUGAUGCUGGAGUUCUCUCAGUACCUGGAGUGCUACCUGUGGCCGCAGUACCGCGCCGGCGCGUCGCGCGCGCACAUGAUGUCCAUCAUAGUCAUGAUCAACGAGAAGUUCCGAGAAAGAGUGCCCGCUUGGCAGGCAUUUCUCAAGAAACCGGAGCACUUCCCCGCUUUCUUCGAACAAGUGCUGCGAGCCAGCGUGGCCGAAGACAACGAGAGCCGCAACAUGAGGGAACAGACCGCACUGCUUCUCUUCCUGAACCACUGCUUCGGAAGCAUGGAGGUCCAGCUGUGCCGAGACCAGGUCAAGAGGCUGGUGUCGUUGAGCAUGUGGAUCAGCUUACAAGAGGGUCGUAGAAAUCAAGAAUUCAAAGCCGUGCCAAAAUGGAAGAAAUACUGGAAAGCGAUUCAGAAGAAAGACAAACCAGAGCUUCUAGAGAAACUGAACUGGGAGAGGAGAUACCUGCAGAGGCUCAUGACAAAGUUCAUGAAUAUCCUGGAGACGGUGCCGGAGGAGGGGGACGUGGAUCCUAAUGUUGUGAGGUACUGCGAGCGGUUCCUGGAGCUGAUGAUAGACCUGGAGGCGCUGUUGCCAACUCGCCGCUUCUUCAACACGGUCAUGGACGACUGCCACCUCGUCGUGCGUUGCCAGCUCGCGCCGCUCACUCGAAGACCUGAGGGUCAGCUGUUCUUACAGUUGCUGCAAAUGCUCAAAUUCUAUACCCGUUUUGAAAUCAGCGAUGAAACUGGAGACCCUCUAACGGACCGAGACAUGACACUGCUCCACUAUUCAAGAAUAACCUCUCUACAGAAGGCAGCAUUUGCUAAAUUCCCCGACUUGAGAUUAUUCGCAUUGGCCAAUGUUGCCAGCGUUGACACUCGAGACUCCUUGCACAAGCACUUCGGCAGCUUAAGCGACAAAGCGCUACGCGCUAUAGCUACGCACCUGAACCUGGUGCCUCCGGAGGGGAAGGAGCAGGAAGCUCCUCAUUAUCGAGUCGACAAGGAGUUCCUCAAGGAGUUGCUGAUCUCGCGGCAUGAGCGCCGUAUAUCACAGCUGGAAGAACUAAACUCCAUGCCAUUGUAUCCCACCGAGGAAGUGAUCUGGGACGAGAACGUGGUGCCCACGGAGAUAUACAGCGGCGAGAACUGCCUCGCGCUGCCGAAGCUUAAUCUGCAGUUCCUCACACUACACGACUAUCUGCUGAGGAACUUCAAUCUGUUCCGAUUGGAGAGCACAUAUGAAAUAAGACAAGACAUCGAGGAUGCGGUAUACAGAUUGGCUCCGUGGCGAGCUGAAGAUGACAGCGUAUUCUUCGGCGGCUGGGCCCGCAUGGCGCACCCGAUCCAAACAUUCGCUGUCGUGGAAGUCGCCAAGCCGAACAUCGGUGACAAAGCGCCUUCGCGAGUGCGGGCCGACGUUACCGUGGCUCUCAGUGUGCGAAAUGAAAUCAAGCACGAGUGGGAGAGUCUUCGGAAACAUGAUGUGUGCUUCCUGAUCACUGUCCGACCCACACAGGGCAUUGGUACAAAAUACGACUACCGAAAAAGCAUGGUAGAACAAGCAGGCAUCAUUUACGUUCGAGGGUGCGAAGUGGAGGGGAUGCUUGACUCGGCUGGGCGUGUCAUUGAGGAGGGGCCCGAACCACGCCCACAGCUUGACGGAGAUUCGCGUACCUUCCGGCUACUGCUAGAUCCUAACCAGUACCGGCUUGAUUUGGACCGCGCCAGUAAGGGGAAAGAGGAUGUGUACGAAACGUUCAACAUCGUAAUGCGGCGAAAGCCGAAGGAGAACAACUUUAAAGCAGUUCUGGAGACCAUCAGGGAGCUGAUGAACACGGAAUGCGUGGUCCCGGAGUGGCUACACGAUAUCGUGCUGGGAUACGGCGAUCCGGGGCAAGCACAUUAUACAAGGAUGCCCAAUGAAAUCCCUACGUUGGAUUUCAAUGACACGUUUCUGGAUAUGGAACACUUGAGAAACAGUUUUCCGGGCUACGAGGUCAAAGUGAAAACCGACGACCCACGGAAACUAGUCAGACCCUUCAAAGUUACCUUUGAGAAUGUUCUCCGCAAGCAAGAACUUGGCGACAAUGCAAUGGAUGAAGACGAGGAAAUUAAAUCUAUCAUCGUGGAACCACACGUGCAGCCGAAACGGGGACCAUACUUAUACAAUGAGCCGAAAAAGAACAACAUCUUAUUCACGCCAACCCAACUGGAAGCCAUACGCUCGGGAAUGCAGCCUGGGUUAACGCUAGUGGUCGGACCGCCGGGAACAGGAAAAACUGACGUAGCCGUACAGAUAAUUUCCAACCUGUAUCACAACUUCCCAUGGCAACGGACCCUGGUAGUGACGCACAGUAACCAGGCGCUCAACCAGCUCUUCGAGAAGGUCGCAGAGCUGGACGUGGAUGAACGGCAUCUGCUGCGUCUGGGUCAUGGAGAAGAGGCACUGCAGACUGAUAAAGACUUCUCGAGAUACGGCCGAGUGAACUACGUGCUGGCCAAGCGUCUGGAGCUUCUAGAGGUGGUGGGGCGACUACAACGCACGCUCGACGCCGGGGGAGACGCGGGGGCCACGUGCGAACUGGCCCAUCACUUUCACGUGUACCACGUGCGGCCCCGGUGGCAAACAUUCACUGACGCCGUGCAGCGCGACAAGACGAAGUCAGUGGAGACCAUAAGCAAAGAGUUCCCUUUCCAUGAGUUCUUCGAUGAUGCCCCAAAACCUCUGUUCCCCGGGAAGUCCUAUGAUGAAGACCUGGAAAUCGCUCUUAGCUGCUACAGAUACAUCAACCACAUCUUCGAAGAGCUGGAGGAGUUCCGAGCAUUUGAGCUGCUUCGCUCAGGCUUGGACCGAUCCAAGUACCUUCUAGUCAAGGAAGCCAAGAUCAUAGCCAUGACCUGUACUCAUGCUGCGUUGAAGCGAUCAGAACUAGUGCAGAUGGGUUUUAAAUACGACAAUAUCCUAAUGGAAGAGUCCGCCCAAAUCCUCGAGAUAGAAACAUUCAUCCCGCUCCUACUGCAAAACCCUCAAGACGGACGCUCGCGGCUCAAGCGCUGGAUCAUGAUCGGCGACCACCACCAGCUGCCGCCCGUCGUCAAGAACAUGGCCUUCCAGAAGUACUGCAACAUGGAGCAGAGCCUGUUCACGCGCAUGGUGCGGCUGGGCGUGCCCUAUGUGGAGCUGGACGCGCAGGGCCGCGCGAGGCCGAGCAUUUGCAACCUUUACCGAUGGCGGUACCGCGCGCUGGGUGACUUGGGCCAUGUGACCAGACUACCCGAGUACCGAGCAGCCAACGCCGGGCUCCGAUACGAUUUCCAGCUGGUUAACGUGGAGGAUUUCAAUGGGGCUGGCGAGACUGAGCCCAGUCCGUACUUCUACCAGAAUUUGGCCGAGGCGGAAUACGUCGUAGCCGUAUUCAUGUACAUGCGGAUAAUCGGCUGGCCUGCUGAGAGGAUAUCAAUCUUGACCACGUACAACGGACAGAAGCAUCUCAUUCGUGACGUCAUCGACAAGCGUUGCGCCGACAACCCCCUUAUCGGUCGACCUCAUAAGGUGACGACGGUGGACAAGUACCAGGGACAGCAGAACGACAUCGCGCUGGUGUCGCUGGUGCGCACGAAGGCCGUGGGCCACGUGCGCGACCUGCGGCGUCUCAUCGUGGCAGCGUCUCGUGCCCGACUGGGGCUGUACAUCUUCGCGCGGGCCAACCUGUUCCGGAACUGCUUCGAGCUGCAGCCCACCUUUAACCAGUUGGUGGCGCGACCACUGGAGCUGGUGCUGGUCCCGGGCGAGCGCUACCCGGCGCAGCGCGCGCUGGGCGCGGCCGUGCCGCAGGAGCUGGCGCUGGUCGCGCGCGACAUGCCGCACAUGGCGCGCUUCGUGUACGACAUGUACCUAGAGCGCGUGCGCGACCACCAGCGACAGGAGCAGGCGCAGCAGAGCUGGUCAGCGCCGGGCACGUCGCGCGCGGCCAAGUCGCGCGAGCCGCGACACUUCGUGCCGUCGCACCCCGGCGCCGACGAUGAUGACGACUUCCAACCCACGCAGAUCGUCAACGAGGUCGACGAACCCGAGCCCAACUAG